AUGGCGGCAGUGGAUUUUUCUAAAAUCUAUUCUGCUACAUAUAGCAGUGUUCCAGUAUACGAAUUUAAGAUCGAUGGCGAAAGUGUUAUGCGCCGGCGCGGCGAUAACUGGAUCAAUGCAACACAUAUCCUUAAGGUAGCCGGGUUCGACAAGCCGGCGAGAACCCGGAUCCUGGAGCGCGAAGUCCAGAAAGGCACCCAUGAGAAGGUACAGGGUGGUUAUGGUAAAUAUCAAGGGACAUGGAUCCCCCUCCCUGAGGGUCGCUUACUUGCCGAGCGCAAUAACAUUAUUGACAAGCUCCGUCCAAUAUUCGACUAUGUCGCAGGAGAUCGCACUCCUCCCCCGGCUCCGAAACACACAACCGCAGCGUCAAAACCAAGAGUCUCAAAGGCCAAUAAGUUGAAAGCCGCGCAGGAGGAGGCGGCAUUCAAUGCAGCUAAACCAAUUCGCAACAUGGGCCCACCCAGCUUUCCCCACGAACAGUACGAAAUCAAUCCAGGGUUUGACGAUAACGAGUCAAUUGAGCAGGCGACUCUCGAGUCAUCGUCAAUGGUGGCAGAUGAAGAGAUGAUGCCCAUGUCCCAAAAUGGAGCUUAUUCUCGUAAGCGCAAACGUGGGCCGAACGGAGUCACCGCCAUGUCGAUCAGUGAACAAGAACACAUACUCUACGGUGACCAACUACUGGACUACUUCAUGACCGUCGGAGAUGCCCCAGAGGCCACACGGAUACCACCCCCGGAACCGCCGACACAUUUCCAAGUAGAUCGUCCAAUCGAUGAUUCAGGCAACACUGCUCUUCAUUGGGCCUGUGCGAUGGGCGAUCUAGAAAUCGUGAAAGACUUGCUGCGAAGAGGUGCAGAUAUCAAGGCACUGUCCGUCCACGAAGAAACACCCCUUGUACGUGCCGUUCUGUUCACAAACAACUACGAGAAGCGAACAUUUCCUGCACUACUGGAUCUGCUUCUAGACACGGUCUCAUUCAGAGAUUGGUUUGGAGCAACGAUUUUCCAUCACAUAGCGGAGACUACUAGAAGUAAAGGGAAGUGGAAGAGCUCUCGGUAUUACUGCGAAGUCCUGCUCGACAAAUUGCACACUACGUGCUCCCACGACGAAGUUGAUCUAUUGCUAUCUUGUCAAGAUUCCAAUGAGGAUACGGCUGCACUUGUUGCUGCUCGGAACGGCGCCUUUCGGUUGGUGAACCUGCUACUUACGCACUGCCCGCGAGCCGGAGAUCUAGUGAACAAGGAAGGUGAAACGGCGGCAGCCAUCACCCAGCGAGCACACCCACCGGAACGCGAGAUUCCCCCUCCUCCAUCAUCGAUCGCCAUGGGCAACGAUCAUACUGGAGUUGAGAUUGCUGCCACAGGACCUUCUGACCAAGACCCCAUCACCCUGUCUCCCUCGGCUUCUCCAGCUACCUCGAUACUACUUUCCAAAAUCAGUGCCAUCAUGGCUGAAACCAACAAGAAGCUCGCUAUGAAUUACGGGUGUAGCAAGCCCACUCAACAAGAUUUGGACGAUGUAACGAAUCCGGAAGCGUUGUAUGAGCAAUUAGAACUGGAUCGGCAAAAGAUCCAGAAGCAGACUGCUGUCUUGUCGGUUAAAGAGGUCAAAGAGCAGCCGAUCGAAACACAGCUGGAACGAUAUGAGCGACUCCGACAGAGCUACGAGUCUCUCUUGGAACAAAUCCAACAAAUCCGGCUUAAAGAGCGCCUCGCGUCACUACCCCCACCGGCGAAAGAAAACAUGAUGCCCUCGUCUAGUGAUCAGAACAAACUUCGAAUCCUCUAUCAACUCUCUCGGCAGCUCUGUUCAGUCCAGAAAGCACGUGGCGCAGCUGUUCGAGAUCUUGCCCAGCAGACGGCCGAUGCAGGCGUUAGCACCAAAUUUGACGUGCAUCGGAGGCUGGUGGCUCUCGCCACGGGGUUGAAGGAGGAAGAGUUGGACCCCAUGGCGGAAGAACUGGCCGAGACUCUGGAGUUUGAUCGAAUGGAUGGACAAGGGCCUGGCGGCGAGUCUCCUGAGCCAGUGCACAAGCGUCAACCACCUCAUCGGGAACCAUCAUCACUCCCUUUUACAGGGCCUACCGUCUCCGUCGAUGCCUGA